CAUCCACCGAGCCCUACUCUUUGUUAUUCUGCGCUCGCUGUCUUUUGAUAUUGUACCUACCUCUCUCUUCCGCUCUCUCUCCCUGCAGUCUGUCCCUUAUCCUCAGUCCUCAGCCUCCUCUGAACCCUUCUCUCUUCCUCCAUUCAAAUGUCGGCCACAGCUACUCCCACCUUCAAGCCUCUAUCGAUGGCGGACUCAUGCCUCCUUUCACUCCCUUCCAUCUUUGCCUCAAAACCUCCCUACCAAUGUCUCUCAAUCCCACCCAAACCCAUUAAGCUUCACCUCUCCUACUCCUCUCACUCCCUAUCGUCUCUCUCUCUCAAACCCAAAACCCAUUUCUCAUCAUUUAUCUCCUUUGUAGCUCAGACCUCUGAUUGGACCCAAAGAGAAGAGGAAGGCGACACCACAAUCACUCUAUCAGAAUCUGAACAAGAAGAAGCCACAUGGGAGAAUCAACCAAGUGGUGAUGUUGAAGCCCAAGUUUCUGAUUGGGAGUCAAAUGGAGAAGAUGAGGUGGUGGAGGCAGAUGGGAGUGAUGGUGAGAGUUCUGCUGAGGGGGUUUUUGAGGAGUCGGAAACAGAGGAGGGCUUUGUGGAGCCACCUGAGGAUGCGAAGAUUUUCGUGGGGAAUUUGCCUUAUGAUGUUGAUAGUCAGAAGUUAGCUAUGCUAUUUGAGCAGGCUGGAACUGUUGAGAUUGCUGAGGUUAUUUACAACAGGGAAACUGAUUCAAGUCGUGGAUUUGGAUUCGUUACUAUGAGUACCGUUGAGGAAGCAGAGAAGGCUGUGGAUAUGUUUCACCGCUAUGAUUUAAAUGGUAGAUUCUUGACUGUAAACAAGGCUGCUCCUCGAGGAUCAAGGCCUGAACGCCCUCCUCGUGUCUAUGAAUCUGCUUAUAGAAUCUAUGUGGGUAACUUGCCGUGGGAUGUAGAUGAUGCUCGCUUGGAGCAAGUUUUUAGCGAACAUGGUAAGGUGGUGAAUGCUCGAGUAGUUUAUGACAGGGAAAGUGGUCGCUCUCGUGGUUUCGGCUUUGUAACCAUGUCCACUGAGACUGAGUUGAAUGAUGCUAUAGCUGCACUUGAUGGGCGGAGUCUUGAGGGGAGGGCAAUCAGAGUAAAUGUUGCUGAAGACAGACCAAGGCGCAACUUCUUUUGACGUCAUAUAUUUAGAUACAAAGUUUCAUGGGUAGCAUAAUUCUCUUCUUUUUUUUCCUGUCCUUUUUGUGAGUGAGUUUUAUAGUAUCAAUUUUUUGUCAGCUAGUUUUGUGGAUGAUAUUCUUUGAGGAUAUAUGAAGAAGCUAUCCAAAAAUUGCUUCACGUGUUCCGUAAAAUUUGUUGCUCAAGUUGACAGUUCAGUAUAAUUUGUGAGAUAAUUAGUAAUUUUCUUACUGAAAGAAAGUUUAUGGUGCUGAGACAAUCUUAAUGAAA